AUGACAACAAUUACAAACACAUUCAAAUUAAAAUUCAACAAAAUAUUUAUUCAUUCUAUUUUCUAUGGUCUCCCACUCAUAGCUCUAAUUUAUCUAUACUUUUAUUCCAACUCCUUUUCUCCAUUUUUCAUUUCCAUUUCUUCCAUUACUCACAACUCUUCACUUCCAGCUUCCACUCCAUUGAUAAAAGAAAAGGUAAAAUCUUAUGAGAAGCCACCACCACCUUAUGAGAAGCCAUGUGACUAUACAAAAGGAAGAUGGGUCCGUGACAUGAGAGGACCUUUGUACAAUGGAACAGCAUGUAAUAUUAUCAAGAAAAAUCAAAAUUGCAUAGUUAAUGGAAGGAGUGAUACAAACUAUCUUAAUUGGAGAUGGAAACCAGAUGAGUGUAAUCUUCCAACUUUUGAACCUAACACAUUUCUUAAACUUAUCAAAAACAUGAACAUAGCUUUUGUAGGAGACUCUUUAGCAAAUAACCAGUUAGAGUCCCUUGUUUGCUUAUUAUCCACUAUUUCAAAACCACAACGUCUUCGUCAUCAAGGCACAGAUUCAACGUAUUUCUUUGCUUCUCAUAAUGCGAAUCUGUCACUCUAUUGGGCACCAUUUCUUGUAAAGGGUGAUCAAAGAAGAAAAGAAGGGCCUCCGUAUAAUAAAAUAUAUUUGGAUCAAGUAAACGAGUUGUGGGCUAAGAGUAUAGCUACACUCGACUUGAUUGUGUUGUCAUUUGGUCAUUGGAUGGACGUUCCUUCAAUUUACUAUGAAGAUAAUUCUGUUAUCGGUUGUUUUAGAUGUCGGGAAGUUAAAAUUAAGUACAACGAUAUUGGAUUUUAUAUUGCAAUGAGAAAGGCUUUAAGAAUUACACUCAAUAACAUAAUUGAUAGAAAAAUUAUUAAAGGGAACGGAAUUGAUGUGAUUGUGAGAACAUAUUCACCUACUCAUUUUGAAGGUUCGUGGGAUAAAGGCGGUACUUGUUCGAAGAUGGAACCAUACGAACCCGAGGAAAAGAAACUUAAAGGAGUAGAUGCAGAGAUAAGAAGCCUAGAGAUGGAGGAAUUUGAAAAAGUGAAGGAAAAAGCUAAACAAAAUGGACUUAUUUUGGAUGUGCUUGAUGUAACGAAUUUGUCAUUGUUGAGACCAGAUGGUCAUGCAGGUGCUUAUUGGAAUUCUUUUCCAUUUGCUAAAGGGACUCCAAAGAAGGUACAAAAUGAUUGUGUUCAUUGGUGCUUACCAGGAGUUGUAGAUACUUGGAAUGAGAUAUUUUUAGAGAUGAUGAUGAAGGGGAAAGGCCAUCUACAUGAUCAAAAGUGAUAUAUUUCUCAAUUGAUAAUUUUGAUAUAGGAAUGAUUUAUUUUGAUUAUAAUCUUUUCAUACAUCAUAAUCAAAAGGAUGUUACAUACUUUUUUUUUCAUAUUUGAUGAGAAUG